CUGCCGGAGCGGCGCGGACGGCGCGUUCCGGCGCGCGCGCGCGCACCUCAGCCAAUCGCGUGCUCGCCCGCCCCCCGCGGCCGCGGCGAGGCUGGCGCUGGGAAGAGGAAGAAGAACAUUCGCCCUCCUCCUCCCAGCGCGCGGGCGGCGGCGGCGGCGGCGGCACCGGGGUCACGAACUCUGACCUUUCACUGACAAAAACAAUAACAAACCCCUCCUUCCCCGCGACCCCGGCGGCGCCUCCGGGCCCGCCCCCGCCGUCCAGCUCCCACCUCGGCGUCCCGUCUCUCUCCAGCUGCCCCGCGAGCCUAAGCGGCCCGGGGGCUCCCGCCAAACGCCGACGCCGGGAAGCCGGCCUCCCCCCCGCGCCCUGCCCUCCGCGCCGGGGGCCGACCCGCCGCAGACACGGGACCUGCUUCGAGGCCGCUUUGGCGCCAAAUCCUGAGGUACCACGUACACAGACUUCUCGGCCGGAAUCUCCAGGGAUGACCAGCCCCUCCCCGCGCAUCCAGAUAAUCUCCACUGAUUCUGCGGUAGCCUCACCUCAGCGCAUUCAGAUCGUGACCGACCAGCAGACGGGGCAGAAGAUCCAGAUCGUCACCGCGGUGGACGCCUCCGGAUCCCCCAAGCAGCAGUUCAUCCUGACCAGCCCCGAUGGAGCUGGAACUGGGAAGGUGAUCCUGGCUUCCCCAGAGACCUCCAGUGCCAAGCAGCUCAUAUUCACCACCUCGGACAACCUCGUCCCCGGCAGGAUCCAAAUCGUCACGGACUCUGCUUCUGUGGAGCGUUUGCUGGGGAAGACCGACGUCCAGCGGCCCCAGGUGGUAGAGUACUGUGUGGUGUGCGGCGACAAAGCCUCAGGCCGCCACUAUGGGGCUGUCAGCUGCGAAGGCUGCAAAGGUUUCUUCAAAAGGAGCGUGAGGAAAAACCUGACCUACAGCUGCCGGAGCAGCCAGGACUGCAUCAUCAACAAACACCACCGGAACCGCUGCCAGUUCUGCCGGCUGAAGAAGUGCCUGGAGAUGGGCAUGAAGAUGGAGUCUGUGCAGAGUGAACGGAAACCCUUUGACGUGCAGCGGGAGAAACCAAGCAAUUGUGCUGCGUCCACUGAGAAGAUCUACAUCCGGAAGGACCUGCGGAGUCCUCUGAUAGCCACGCCGACGUUCGUGGCCGAGAAGGAUGGGGCGAGACAAACAGGUCUUCUUGAUCCAGGGAUGCUUGUGAACAUCCAGCAGCCUUUGAUCCGUGAGGACGGAACGGUUCUUCUGGCCACGGACUGCAAGGCUGAAACAAGCCAGGGAGCCCUGGGCACAUUGGCAAAUGUAGUCACUUCCCUCGCCAACCUCAGUGAAUCCCUUAACAAUGGCGACACCUCAGAAAUACAGCCGGAGGACCAGUCUGCAAGUGAGAUCACUCGGGCAUUUGAUACCUUAGCAAAGGCACUUAACACCACAGACAGCACCUCGCCCCCAAGCCUGGCGGACGGGAUCGACGGCAGCGGCGGCGGGGGCAUCCAUGUCAUCAGCAGAGACCAGUCCACGCCCAUCAUCGAGGUCGAGGGCCCCCUCCUCUCAGACACUCACGUCACAUUUAAGCUCACGAUGCCCAGCCCGAUGCCCGAGUACCUCAACGUGCACUACAUCUGCGAGUCGGCCUCACGCCUGCUCUUCCUCUCCAUGCACUGGGCCAGGUCCAUCCCCGCCUUCCAGGCCCUCGGGCAGGACUGCAACACCAGCCUGGUGCGGGCCUGCUGGAAUGAGCUCUUCACCCUCGGCCUGGCCCAGUGCGCCCAGGUCAUGAGCCUCUCCACCAUCCUGGCUGCCAUCGUCAACCACCUGCAGAACAGCAUCCAGGAAGAUAAACUUUCUGGAGACCGGAUAAAGCAAGUCAUGGAGCACAUCUGGAAGCUCCAGGAGUUCUGUAACAGUAUGGCGAGACUGGAUAUAGACGGCUAUGAGUAUGCAUACCUUAAAGCUAUAGUUCUCUUUAGCCCCGAUCAUCCAGGUUUGACCAGCACAAGCCAGAUUGAAAAAUUCCAAGAAAAGGCGCAGAUGGAGUUGCAGGACUACGUUCAGAAAACCUACUCGGAAGACACCUACCGGUUGGCCCGCAUUCUCGUCCGCCUGCCGGCACUCAGGCUGAUGAGUUCCAGCAUAACGGAAGAGCUGUUUUUUACUGGCCUCAUUGGCAAUGUUUCGAUAGACAGCAUCAUCCCCUACAUCCUCAAGAUGGAGACAGCAGAGUAUAACGGCCAGAUCACCGGAGCCAGCCUAUAGCGCACAGCCCGCCCUGCCGAGGAGCGCCGGGGCCGCUGAGACACAGACCGCAGAGUAGUGGUGGUGUGGUAUGUGCAAAUACUCCAUAUGUUAGCUGUUCCCACCUGGCUUCUCCAUAUCUGUUAGUCCCAGACAGUAGCCACUAAAAGACUCGUAGGAUCCGCUCCUGCCGUAAGAGAUGUUUUAAUGCCUUUUGAUGAAGCAACAGAUUUUUAAACAAUCUUUUAACUCAAUUUGUAUCCAGAAAUUCUCAAAGGGCAAAAAACAAAAGCAAAGUUUUAUAAUGUCAGAGACUAGUAUUAAAACUAAAAGAACCGAAGAGAACGGUAUGUGUGUAUAUAUUACGGUGUCCUUGGGAUAGCUCCUCAUGACCAGGGUAAUGAUGCUAGCACUUGGUGAGCACUUCCGGUCAGCGUGUAAUGGCAGCAGCAGCUCGCCAGUGUGCAGGCCAGAUGGAAACUGUCUGUUGCCGAAAUGCUAAUGGUUUCUGUGAAAAUGCAGUAGGGUACGGGAGACAAUCACUCGCUCAAGGGAGUCCUUCCUGACCGCGCACGCGCUGCUAGUCAGCCGAGCCCCAGGCGCGGAGGCGGCGGCGGUGCGGGGCACACGCGUGCUGCUCUGAACGCGAAGCUUCCUCGGCCCGAGCGGAUGCUGACGGGUUCCCUGGUCUGUGAUGGGCCUCCGCAGGCUCCUCUGUGACUGGUUCUCAGAACUGGAUUCAACCACCAAUUCCCGCGACAACCAAAAACAUCGCUGCAUCACUUCCGCCGCUCACGGCAGAUGGAGUGGUCUGCCUAGCAAGUGCAAGGUGGGCCUUCUGAACACUUGUUGGGACCUCCCACCGCACGUCUUCGGGGGAGGGCCGGGAGGGCUGUCAUCUCUGCGGUGCACACCCCGCGCCUGGCCAGGCAGCAGCCGACCGGUGGAGCCAUGCGGCGCGCCUCUCAGCAUCUCCAGGCCCAGCACCACCUUGGGCAGCAGGCUUCUCGAUGCUCCUGGUGCGGCACACUGGGGUCCCCCGGGGCUGCAUCCACAGAUGACCCCUGGCGUGUUUUAGAUGAUGGAUGAAAAGGCAGGCUGCCUGCUCCUUAAACAACCUUUAACCCCAAAGUCAUCUUAAUGACCAUCGUUUUAUUAAAACAAUGCAGUUAUUGGGAAGUUUACCUAGAGAAAAGUGCUCACAGAUGCCCCUGGUUUCUACUGGGAAGCAUAGCAAGGCUGCAUGAGGUGUCCGCGCUGUGUUUGUGGCCCAGGUUAAGGAAGUACAGCGAGGCCAGGUUUGCAGCUCUUAAACCUUUGGAUCAGAUGGUCCCUCCUAGGCCCAGGGCAGAUGAGCAGCAGGGUGGCGUGACGCCGGGAAGGGAAGGUGGUUGCCAGGCCACCACAUGGGCUCGAGGCAGAACCAGAUGGCGCCCCGUUGCCAUUGGGAGCACUUAGUCAUUGGUGGGAAUUAAGUGGGAACACUGUCUCCAACUCAAAGAUAUUCCUGUUUGUGUAUCAUUAUAGUUUACUGUUCAUGCUUUGAAGCAAGUCUUAGAGAAAAGUGUAGUACCCAUUGUAAAAUGAUGGAAAGGAUUUAAUAUUGCCAGCUUACAAUUUUGGUUUUCUAACUUCAGAGUGACUUAAGUUUCAAAAGUAAGAUGGGACACUGGCCAAGAGGGUGACCAGGGUGGGUCUGUUUCAUUUCUGCUUGGGAAGGGUUUUCGCAGAGGCACUCUGAAACAUUUGUGCACAUCUUACAUAGUGAGGUGCACAUCUGUCUGUCCUGAUUUUGAUGUAAGCAUGUCUGAGGGGCCUGUAGCAGCUCCCUGGGAACACGUGUCAUCCUGUGUCACAUCUUUUAGGUCUGAGCUCUCAGUGAUGGUUAGGUCAACACUGGCCUGCUCUCUGGGGCAUCAUCCUGUCUCUGUGAGGCCUUUACACUCAGGUGGCCUUAGGUAUUAGGGCAGCUUAGCCAAGACCUGAGCCAAGGUGCUGUUGAGACAGGCUGGGAGUAGAAGGUGUGAGCGGCGGGGAGACCGUGAACACUGGGAUAGGCACGUGCCCCGCGCCCGCAGGACGCCCUGGGACAGUCGCCGAUUCUAACUGGGUCCUGCGCCCGAGUCCCCACGCUGCUGAUGGCUGACUCCAGUGGAGCAUUCUGGGCUCGGAACACUCCUCUUUCGUGUCCCAGAUCGCCUUGGCCUUACUUUGAAGUGGUCUUUUCCUUAAAAAUCAGCUCCACACAACCUGAAUUCUCACCGCCCCUAAUCAUUUCAAACCUUUUGACAGCUGGCCCAUCCCUCUCCUGUCAAAUUGGUUAAGAAGAGCCCAAAGUCAAAAAUUAUUUAGAGAGACUGGAAGCCAAUACUUAGCCUCAACUUUCACAGGGCUCUUCACCCGUUAGUAGUUUGUGAGACUCUGAUUCAGGGAAGAGAGCGCGCCCUCUGCAUCUGAGUGACCAUUCACACCUGCCUUCUGGUGGCCCCGCUGCAGAGCAGAGGGGACGAGGGCACCCGAGGGAGGCGAGGAUGGACGCACGGUGUUGCUUCCUGAGGACGCGGGCUCUGCUCCAGGGGCGUCUCAAAUAGCGGGGACAGUUACAUGUUGAAAUGUGUGGAGUUCAUUACAUGUAACAUAACAAGAUGACAUAGAGAAAGACCAAAUUACUCAAGCAGGUAUUUUCCAAGGUAUUCCUGGAAAGUAUUUUUAAGGAAGUGUGUGGGUUUUUUUUGGGGGGAGGGGGGGUCUACAUUAUUUAUUUUCUAAUCUCUCCCAGGAGCUGUGGUCAGGGUCCUUUUUGUCCGGAUUUUUGGAUCUGGUCUCAUGUAGUCACCCUUGGGUGUUGUGUGAUCGCCCUUGAGAGGCACUGGUCUCUAGCCCGUCAGUAUUAAACGUGGCCUCUGGCAAGGGUUGUGUGGCAGAGCCGGGUGCUCGCGGGGCUCUCGCGGUGUCCAGUGCUUCUGUCCUGGCCUUUGGGGGAACGCCUAGCAGAGCACUCUUGCUUCCACCCUGCCCUCGGCCCUCACAGGCAGCCCUUGGCUGAGGACCCAAAUCCCAGGGCCUGAGGACAGAUGAGAGCUUAGGAGCAUGCUGCCCGUUUGCCAGGGGGAGUGGCCUUAUGUGCGCUGGGGCUACAGGUGACAUCCUCUGAUGUGCACGUCUUUACUCUGGAGGCUGCUGCCCUCCCAACCUGGGAAGGCCCGACAAGGCAGGGCAGCCACCCACAUCCUCCAGGGUCCCACUUCCCUUCUCCACCGAUUGUGCGACUCUUUGAAAAUGUCUUAACUUUGAUGUCAAUUUGUAGCGUCAGCCUCUCCUCACAACAGAGUGGCCUGAGUCUUUUGUACACAGGGUCCCGGGCUUCCUCACCCGUGCCUCCUCCUAGCGGGCACUUCUGUGUGUCCAGCCCUGGGGUCCCUUCACUGGCGUUAUGCGUGUACAGAUUUAUAGGCUUGUAUGACUGACUGAAUGUACAUGUGUUUAUACCCUCUCUGUAUGUACAGUGUAUAUAGCAUAUGUGUACAUAGAUGUAUAUUCUGUAUACAGACACGUAGCCACAUAGCCAGACCGCUUACGUUUUACAGAGAAUCGAUGAUAGAGUUGCUACAGUCAUUGAUGUGGGUGUUCCUUGGUCCCUCAGCAGGAUGGAUUUGCUGACAUUUUCCUUGGGGUGAGCCUGGCUGGGAAAGGCCCUGCCCUCCACCAGGGCCAGGAAGCUGGAAGACAUUAGUUUAUCCCAAUGUCCAAAACGAGGUGGGGAUCUGUAAUGUCUGUAACCUAGUUGUUACACAUCUAUUUACAGCCUAACUGGGAGGACCGUGGCAUGAGUGGUGUUGGCCUCCCAUGCACUCUGAGUCCAAGACUGAGAACAGUCUGCGCGGUGGGCCCUGACUCCCGAUGUGGUGGAAGCAGCCCACACGUGCUCUGGGGCUCUCUCUACCACAGCUACAAAACAAGUAUUCUUGAAAAAUAAGCAUGAAUGUUGAGCUAACUCCUAUGGCAUAUAAAUUACAGAUCUUUUAUUUCUCUAACUGUAGCAUGUGGAUAAAAUUCACUGCCCUUAUUCCUUUCUAUAAAUUAUGAUUCUAAAAUUUUAAAAUUUCAGAUAAAACUUACAUUCUAGUGCAGAUAUAUACCUUAACACUACAGAUGCCAAAUUGUCCUUGUCCAGGUCUGUUCCGAUGAACUCUCCCCAUUAAUCGAGCUUUAAGCUGAGACACCGCACUCGGGAGCCAGGGCCCAGCAGGAGUUGCUCAUGCACCUGUAAGCAGGAGACCUGAAUGGUGGGAAGGCCGAAAGUCGGCCUGCUGGAAGGAUCACUGGAUAAGUACGAAAACUCAGACACCACAGGUUACUUAAAAAAAAAAACACAAAGCUUAUUGAAACGUUUGAAAAUAGCGUGUUGAGACCACAGUCCUCGGUGCCUUUGUGAGACGGCGGGUGUGCAGCCUUUGGCUUCCCGCGGCUUUGAUGUGACAAAGCUCCUGCUACUUCAGUGGCCUCAUCCCAUUCCCACGUCCUUCCCUGUCGUGACAAUCACUCUAUAGAAGGGGGCUCUCCAGUCAAAAUACAAGUGGAAGCUUAGCAGUCUCUAAAGGAAUCUACAGAAGUUCUCCUUGGGGCUAUGUACCUUAACUAGUCUAGGAAUAAACUCUCAGUUUUAAGAGUAUUUUAGGGGUGAGGAAUGUCUGAGAUAUGCUAGGAAAAAAGGCUCAGCAGUAUUUAUCAAUUGACAGACUGUGAUAAAGCUUAACACUUGGAUGACAUUUGGAAAUAUAUAAAAAGUGGCUUUUCUUUAGAAAAGUGUCAUCAAUUAUUUUAACAACCAGAGCACUCACGGACUCAAAUGCUGCUGCCACACACAACUCAAGAGCUCGAGUAUUUUUCUAUAGUCUCUGUUCUCCCAGUUAUCUUGUGAACCAGUGUUCAACUAGUUUUAUAUCUGAAAGCUGCACAGUUUUCAUAGUACAAACCAUCGUUUUUACCUGUAGUUCAGAGCUCUCUGUUAAAAUGUAGCUGCAUUACCAACUCCUUUAAAAGAAGUGUGUUAAAGGAAAAUUUGGGUGUAACUUUCUUGGGACCGUUUCUGUAACCUCUGCCCUUCACAAUAUAGAAUAUAUUGUUUAUGCCAUCACAUUUUAAUUCCAGGUUUAAAAUCUGUUGAAAGCUGUAGCUUGAAAUCAGCUUUGUUUAUGUGAUGGCAUUUAAAAAAUAGCAUGUUCUUUUUAAACUGAAUUUUAUAUCUAAUCAAUGUCUUCAGUCUUGAAGAAGAAUUUGCAUUGUUGUGUUUGUAUAUAGAGUAUUGCAGUGCAUGAAUUAGCUUUAUGCAUUUUAUUAAAUGCUGUUUCAAUGUGGCAUUAUUGUUGUGGCUUAAUACUACUACCUAAAUGAGGUUUAUACUAUUAAAAGUGUAUUAAAAACUCA